UCGAAACCAAUGAGUCACUCAACCUCCUUUUUUUCCUUGUUCCAGGCGUGAUCUGUUUUCCCUUGGGCAUCAUGAGAUUCUCCUUUCUGGGAGCAAGUCUCCUUCUUCUCUCCUACUAUUCGCCGUCCGGUGUGUUUUCUCAAGAGGAAACUAACCCAUUGUGGAGCAUCAGAUUAAGCGAUCCAGACCGACAAGGCCGAUUCUUGAGCGUCCCAGUUCAAUAUGGUAAUUGGGUGCCCAUUGCACAUGCAAAGCAAACUAUUGAGGCCGUGGCCUCCAAGGUCCAAGCUGGACUCUCCCCAGUGAUCACUGAUGAUUUGGAAGUGGAAGUGGUGCCUGCUUCCGUGAAUCUAGUCAGGGAGCGCGUGGACGACCACCAUGUGGAAUACGUGGAUACUCAAGGGUCAGUCAAUCCAAACACCUUCCGACGACCUGCUUGGAGAGCCCAAAGCGGAAAUCCAAGACAACAGAGGCCAUAUCGGCGAAAUGACGGCCACCGAGGUCAUCGAAGAAAUCGCAAACUUCCAUCAGGUGGAAACAGCUUUGUCGAUCAGUUGACUUCGUUCUUCAAACCCAGUUCUAAAGGCUUGGGCCAGCCCCAACAACUGACCAACAGGCCCUACCCACCCCAUAAUGCUCCGGCUGAUUCUUAUCCUGCCGAAUCUCUCAAUGUUGGAACCGUUUUGAACAAUCUCCCCAUCAACAGAUUAAGGCAGAAACCAUUUGUCCCGGUGAACGCUGUUCCGGUGAAUCCUACUCCUAAGAACCCUGCUCCGGCAAAUGUCGUUCCGGGACCGUCCUUUAAUAUUCCACCUACCCAACACAAGGAAACUUUGGCCACCAAUAACCCAGUUGUCAAAUUAGUCCCUGCUCCCGAUCUGUCUCAGGAGGGACCGCCAAUUAUUGAGUUGGGUGGAUCUGAUACCUUUCAUGGGUCAAGGUAUCAAGAUAAUCACAACGACCAUUUGUCCGGUUUUGUUCCAGUGGAUUUUGAGCACAUUACAUCCGGCGAGAAAAUCGAACGUCAUCCCGAUCUUGAUAAAUCGCCCAAGGACUUCUCCGUUGUUGUAAGUGGAUUGGACAGGAACCCUAACCCAGAGGAAUUAGCCGAAUACUUGAAGGAAGGAUCGAAAAAACAACUGGGAGCUUAUAUCGCGCCAAAUAACGAGAACAUCCCCGACGGAUUCAGGAAGAUCGAUUUGCCAUUCAUGGAGCACGACCAAGAUGUUGGUAAUUUGCCCUCAGUGUUCAUUGCUCCAGUCGGAUUCAAAGUUCCAACAGGCUACAAAGGUCAUCCUCUUCCCUACGACCCAGAAUUGGCUCAGGUUAACUCUCAAGGAACCACUCCUUCGCCAUCGGGAAUAAAUUUGGUGUCCAGGACUGAACCACCUCAAGAGACUUAUGAAACCACGACCGAAACGGUGAUCAUCAGAGAUUCAGCUGCACUCAUUAAGGACAGGAUCAAAUUGGCCAAACAAAGGCCGGCUUUGAGUUCUUUCUACCGCGGUAAGACCAUUUUAGAGACAUCCAAGACCAGCGAGGACUCUAAAAAGAAGCGCAGGAUUCUCACCAAGAUUGUCCGAAGGCCGUUCAACAAGGUCAGGAACUUUUUCAAAUCCACCACUCCACCCAUCGUUACUCCCACUACCUCUGAAACCGCUCCCGUUGCUAUCGUUGAGGAUAAGGUUGUGCCUGAAACCGAGGAUAUUGAAACUCGGGUGGUGAAUCCGUUUUUGACGACCAAAACUCUUGAUCUCUUUAGUUCGGAAGCUUCAACUGUUCCAACUGUGCCAGUCACCACUUACAAGCCUUCCCUUGACUUCAUUGUUACCUCAACUGCUGCAAACAAUGAACAAGAGGAGCAGGACUCUGACAUUGAGCAAGUUAUCGAGUAUAUCGAAGAGGAACUUGAACAUGAUAAAGAACCAGAGCCGACACAACCACAACAACAACAACAACCAGCACCUGAGGUUGAAGCUACUGAAAAGGAACAAGAUUACACUGACGAGACCGUGACAAGCGGUUAUGAACCCACUGUUGUUCCUCGAGUGGAUCACUUUCAACCAACCACACCUUACGCUGAACCAGACACGGAAGAAGAGGAACAAUCUGAGAGUAAAGAGGGGGAUGAAUCUGUUUUUGUGACCACACAGUUUAUCCCAACUGAGCCUAGUUACCAAGAGGUUUCAUCCGUCUCCACCACUGAAUCCACAACGACAGAAACCAAGGCUCCAGCAUAUGUUCCAACGCCUUUCUCGUUUAUUCGACCUGUUCGACGAUUGGACACUUAUCGAUACAAGAAGACCACACCACCAACUGUUGGACCACCUACACCACAAACCACUACGACUCCAACCACCAGUGCCGAACCCGAGCAACGCAGAUACCUGGUUCCAAACCGAAACAAGUACACCAACAAGUUCGAAAACAAGUAUGAAAAUACAUAUGGUCAAAGAAUUCGCUCGAGAAAACGUCCCGCUUUUUGGGCCAACGAAAGGGAUCAGAACCAGGACGAGACUCAAUUGAAUUACCAGGAAACCAGUGAGAGCGCCACGGAAACCUCUCCCUAUGAUCAAAAGUUCCGACCCUUCUUUGACCAACUUUUCGACAAAUUGACUAGCGGAGGUGAGAAGGCCAUGAAGAAAAAGCGACCCCUUCGCCGACGAUUCAAGGGUCGACGUAGAAGCACCACCACGCCCAACCCCUUCACCAUUGAUGCCGAAAUUUACGAAGUCGAUCCCAACUCCGGAGAGAUCCUAGUAGAAACAGUGACAGAAAUUCCAACUGAAGUGACCACGGCAGUGGUUGACGAUUAUGAAAUCCAGAAACAAUAUACGGAUGUGUCCCCUCAUUCAAACGAUUAUGAGCUACUGGACGUGGCUAACCCGACUACCCCGAAACCAACACCCACAACAACUGCACCUACCAUUAGCACAGAAUCCAGUGUGCCUCCUCUGGAAUAUAAAGAAUUUUCACUUGUCCCAGAUACUGCUAUUGCCGCUGGUCAGCUUGACCAUGAAACUGCGGAUAAACACUCGACGGGCUCACCUCCUCAACACACUCAUGUGGUCCAAGAACAAGCUAGACCCACAUAUCCUUCUUUGGUCAAUAUCCCUAAUCCUUAUGUUUAUCCCGAGGCCCCAUUGAAUUAUGACUACGUUGCCAAUGACCUCAUCGACCGGGCUGACAUUGAUGCUGACAGGGUGGAUUACGCUGACAACAUCAACAACAUUGACUACACUGGUGACGUGCAGACUUCAGCACCCAUCCUUACUGAUCGAUUGGACGCCUAUGAGAAGCAAGUGACCCCGUCAUUGGCGAUCGUGCGACAACAUGAUGCUCAAUACAAGGAACCAAAUAACCUCUACAACGAACAUGGCCAACAACAAGUGACCGCAUUGGAAGGAGCUUUUGUUCCUUUCAAAGAAAAUAAGGACGGAUUCAAAGGCUAUUCCUACGUGGAAAUCCAAAGAGACGUAAAUCCAACCACCAGCGAACUUGAAUCAGAGCCAAUUUCCAUUGAGUCUGUUCCGGUUGAAGAUAUCCAGGCCGUCCAGGAAGCUUUAGAGGAGGUCUAUAAUGAUCCGAAUGUGGACACCCUCGCCCUCCCCGUUGGUGUUGAAAUCGAGGUCGCACAAGACUACCCUGUUGAUGAGACAACGGCUAAUCAUAAUUACGAGCAAGAUACUGUUGAGAUUGAACAUGAAAAUACUGAGGAAGAACAAAAGACUGAAGCUCCCGAAAUAUUGGUAGAAGACACAGCGGUGGAUGUCGAGAUUUAUGAGCUUCCCACACCUUCAGUGGCUACUUUUGAAAAUGUGGACACCGUAUCUACCACAGACGAGGAGAUCGUUUCCCAAGACACUACCGUUCCACCUUUUGUGUUCCAAACCUAUGAAGACGUGACCACUCAAACAGAGGAAAAAUCUGUUGCCAGUGUCAUUGCCACCGAAAGUACUGAGCAAACUACAGAACAACCCGUGGUCGGAGAACUAAUUGAGCAAGAGCCUACUCCUCAAAAACCAACUAGUCAAGAACCCAUUGGUCAAGAAUCAUUUAAUCAAGAACCAACUGGUCAAGAACCAUUUGAUGAAGAACCAACCGUCACCACAGAGAAGAGCUUGUUAAACAACUUCAAUCUGGGAGGGAUUUUCGAUUACUUUCUCCCUCAAACCACGGCUGCCCUCAAGCCUGAAGCUACAACCGAAGUUCCCGAUUUGGCUGAAGUGACAACUGAAGAGGCACUCUCUGAAGCACCAUCUACCUAUCCCAAUCAUCUUCUUGCCUUGGACUCUCUUGAAGAAAGUGUUCAAGAGGAGGAAGAAGAGUUGAAAGAUGAGAGCGUGAACGAACAGGAGAACAUCUACGAAGAGGAACAGACUUUGCUUCGUCAACCCAACCGGAACGAGUAUCCCAAGGCCAUUGACACGAACACAUUCAAGGUUCCCUCAGUUCCCAAUCACGUCGGACCUCCAAAGAAGUUCUUGGAGGAUAAGUUGGGCUAUGUCGUUAAGAAAAGGGAGCGUUUGAUCAAAAAUUGGGUGAAUCGCCAACACAAGGAUAAGCCUAAGUAUGGCACCGCCAGACCCUCCCUGGACACCGUUGAGUACACUGAUGAAGAAAUUUCAACAACCAGUCCCCAAAAUCUCUUGGCACCUUCAACCACACUGACUACUUUGUUGGCUCAAGGUAACUUGGACGAAUCACUCCAAUCCGAAGUGGACAAAGCAUUUUUCCCAUUCGCACCCACCAUUCCACCCAAGGGUAAGUAUGACAGUGAGGAAGAUCUUGACGCGAAGCUCUCCCCCAAGAAGCACCAAUUGAAGAAACAAUCAUUCUUAGACAAGUACACAACCGCCAGGAAGACUCACUUGCUCAAAGACACGAUCCUGUCGAAAACACCAGCGUCGCCACAAUUGGCCCGCAUUCCCAUCGGAAGUAAUCCAAAUGUGUACAAGAAAUGGGCGGGCAACUCCCUUAGUCAAUCUGAAUUUGAGCGGCAAAUUUUGGGCGUUUCCACGGCCACAGAGGUCUCAGUGAAGUCCAUGAUUUGUGUGCGAGGUCGGUGCUACAAU